AGAAACUGAACAUGCAAAAGCCCCAUCAAAAAGUGCCUUUCCUGUUGGUUCUUCUGUGGCUGUCCGGUCUCAAUCAAAGGUUACCCUCAACCAUGAGCCCAUCCAUCAAUGUUGCGUGCAUUCUACUUUCGCUCGGCUUUACCGCGAAUGCAUUGAUAAAUCCACAGCUGGCGCAGGAGUUUUUCACACAGCGAUCCCUGAAAUCGAUUACCGUGUUCCACUAUGCAGAUGAUGGUAAAGCUAUUCGAACUGUCGUUGAUUAUUUGGUGGACCACUACCAUGGAUCAAUUCGAAUAAUAGAUUUGCAGCAAAGCAAUCAGAGGUUAAACUACGAUGAAAUCAUGAGAUCAUACCCUAUUAGCCUUGGGGUGACCAUUGAUGUAAACUGUCAGCAAACAAGUGAUUUUUUCGGGAUAAUGUCUGCCCAUAAUUUCUUCAAUGGCUCAUAUGAAUGGCUUCUUUUCGGGGAGAUCUCAAACUUGAGACACCUCCUGAGCCAGGAGAAUUUAAACAUCGACUCACGAGUGACGUUGGCGAUUCAGAGCGGCCAAUCGUAUGAGUUGUUUGAUGUCUAUAACAUAUUUCCCAGCAGAGGAGGUAAAUUUCACAUGAAUUCUAUUGGACACUGGGAUGCACUCGAAGGGUUCAAUCUAACCUGGAUUGCAAGCGAGUACACCAGAAGAAGCGACUUCGAAGGCGUAACAAUAAGAGCAAUAUUCACGGAUUUGAAGGCUAAACAUAAUGAAACCAUCCUGCAACGUUUGGAUUGUAACAAGCCGAUCACUAGUUACGCUUUUUACCGUUUCGGUCAUAAAUAUAUAAACAUGGUGAAGCAGAAGCAUAAUUUCAAGAUCCAGCACAUCCACGUACCAACCUGGGGCGUUGAGAGUAUCAAGCAACGCACUAGCGUAGGAGUGAUUGGACAACUUAAAGACAAAUACGUUGAUCUAGCGUCUAAUGUGUUUUAUAUCUAUCAGGAUCGUAUCCCUUACAUAGACAAUUCGGUUAUCGUCGCAAAGCACGAACAUCCCAAACGAGCUGUUGGACAAAUCGUUUUCUUGGAGCCGUUCGACGCGAAUCUGUGGUAUGCCCUCUUAGCAACAGGGAUCUUCUCGUCGGUACUGCUGGGAAUAGCUUUCCGAUUGGAACGAAAGAUCCUUCGGGCCAAAGCGUAUGCAAAUGAGUAUUUUCUAACCAUUCUGGGAUUUAUCUGCCAACAAGCAUUCGAGGGGCAAACAUCAACACUAACUACAAGAGCUAUCGCUUUUAUUGUGUUGCUUUUUUCCUCUCUGAUGUAUCAAUUUUACGGAGCUUUUAUUAUCGGAUCACUACUGACUCCGCCGCCCAAAAAUUUGAAGACAGUUCGACAACUUAUCGAUAGUAACAUCCACGUGACAAUGGAAAAUUUGUUUUACCACUGGGAUUUUUUCAAUAGAACCAAAGAUCCUGCUGCCAUUGAAUUAUUCAAAAAGAAGAUACUGGAAUCACCGGAAAAACCAACAAAUAUAACUCACGGUGUUGCACUGAUCCGCAAAGGAGGUUACGCCUUUCACUGUGACGUCGGCUAUGCGUAUCCUAUAUUGAAAAGCACCUUGAGAGACGAUGAGAUUUGCGACUUGCAGGCAAUUUCAAUGACGCACUCUAGCCCGCUGCACGUUCCGCUGGCAAAAGGCUCGCCGCUGAAGCAAUAUUUUCGAGUCACGAUGCGAAAGUUGGUCGAAAGUGGCUCCGGGGGCUAUUACAAUCGGGAGUAUUUCAGCUCCAAGCCAUCCUGUCCGAAGCGUGACUUCGUUACGGAGCCGAUUGAUGUGAAGCAAGUUGUCAGCAUAUUUUAUAUUCUGGCGUUGGGAUUGAUGGUCAGUUUGGCGGUGUUGAUGAUCGAGAAAAUCCAUUAUCGCUACCGCAGUGGUUCAGAAGUGUGGGAGUUUAUUAAUUAG